UUUCUGAGUAUGAAACAUUAAAAAUAUUGUAGUUUUAAAAUACGUGAAAGAAUUUGCUUCAGGUUUGAUCAGCUCUACUGUACAGUCUGUAUGACAGAAACUACACUGUCUUGUCAGUCAGGAGACACUAGCGCUACCGCUGCAGGUACAGGUGCUGUACUAGCUGUCCGAGUGAAGUAAACGCAUUCUAACGUUAUCAUCGUGGUAAACGACCUCCGUCCGAAGACAGAGCCCCAGGGUAGCGUUGUAUCGAACCCGCAAUCCAUGUCCUGUACAGAACGGCCUUCAGACUGCAGGAGCUGGCUCAAUGGGCUCCGAUGAACACGGAUUCAAUCUAGCCGAGAUCCUGUCGCACAGCUAUGGCUCCCGGGAGCACCAGGAGGAGUGUGAAGCUCAGAAAUCCCUAGACGAGCUGGAGAAGAGCCUCCACGGCUCGGAGGGAAGCGAGAUGCCUCUGGAGGAGCUGCUGGCUCUGUACGGGUACGAGGCCUCAGACCCCAUCUCCGAACACGACAGCGAGGGUCACGACCUCCCGCACAGCCUGCCCGACAUGACGCUGGACAAGGAGCAGAUUGCUAAGGACCUGCUGUCUGGAGAGGAGGAGGAGGAAGCCCAGUCCUCCGCAGACGACCUCACUCCGUCCGUCACAUCCCACGAUGCAUCUGACCUCUUCCCACAUCCGCUGCACGCAAACUCCAUCGUGGACGAGGAUAAAGAUUCGUCCUCCAGCUCCUCAGAGGAAGAGUCUGAGGACGAUUCAGUUCCCUCGAACGAGUGCAGGAAGGACAUUAUGGUGGGACCUCAGUACCAGGCAAUGAUACCUCCACUCAUCCUGUACACGCACCAAGAAAGAGCGUACGAGAGCGAGGACCAGCUGCUGUGGGACCCCCACGUGCUGCCGGAGGGGGAGGUGGAGCGAUUCCUGCGCAGGGCGGAGAGGAGGUCCUGUGAGGAGGCCAGUUUGGAGAGCCUGCAGGAGGAAAUGCUGGUCAGGGACAACGAGCAGGCCCUGUACGAGCUGGUGAAAUGUCAUUUUAACACUGAAGAAGCGCUGAGAAGACUGCGGUUCAAUGUGAAAGUAAUAAGAGACGAGUUGUGUGCAUGGAGCGAGGAUGAGUGUCGGAACUUCGAGCACGGCUACCGGGUUCACGGCAAGAACUUCCACCUCAUACAGGCCAACAAAGUGCGGACUCGCUCGGUGGGAGAGUGCGUGGAAUAUUACUACAUGUGGAAGAAGUCAGAUCGGUAUGAGUAUUUCACUCAACAGACAAGAUUCGGGAGGAAAAAGUUCAGCCUACACCCAGAGACAAUAGACGAUGGUGAUCAGGACAUGGACUCGGGCGAGGGGGACGGCGCAAACCACUCGCGGAGCUCCCCCUCAACCACAGUGCCCUCCACCACCAGCCAACUGGACUCCCAGUUCCUCCAGGACCCUCUCCACCUGGGGGCCACAGACGAAGAGAGGCAGGAGAGCAGAGAGUUCAUCAUCGAGGGGAACGCGAGUGAGACCAACAACGAGGAGGAGGAGGAGGAGGAGGAGGAGGAGAGGGAGCCCCUGUACCGACUCAGCCAGCCUCCCUCCGCAUCCUCCAGCACAGACUGUCCGUACAGCAGCCCGACCACGGAGCCCUCUGCUGGGCAGCCCUCCAGGAGCCCUGCCUCCACCAGCCAGGAACUGAACCUGCCAGACAGCGUGUUCUACCAGCUGCAGCUGGACCCCUUCGCCACGCACACACCCGAGCCGCCCACAGACCUCGCCGCCGCCGCCAAGAGGUUACAGGUCGGGUUUAGCCUCCCUGAAAGUUUCCCCGCAGAGCCGUCCCGGCCCGUCUCCCCGGCAACGACGACGGGGCAGGUGUCCGUAUCCUUGACUACCGACUUUGGACCAAUCAGUGUUAGCGAUGUAAAUAGUUUUCUCAGUGGCCAGAUGCCCAUGUGCCCCCCCAGCACAGUGCAGCAGUCUGAACCUUUAUCUCAAUGAAAUCAAAACUUAAAAUAUAUAUAUAUAAAAAAAAGCUGAGCAAACAGUAUUGCAGGGCUGGAAAUAAGACUCCCAUUGCACAGCAGUUUGAUCCAUUCCUGGUUUUACUAUGAGUUUGAUAAGACACACCUGAGUUUGUUACCUAUAAACUGUGGCUAUUCAAGCUCCUAGUAAAACCUGGAACGGGUGAAACUGCUAUGCAGUAGGAGUCUUAUUUCCAUCCCUGUAUUGGUUGUGUUAGUCUUUGCGUCCCACAUGAAAUCACAAGCAAUAGGUUCUUCUCAACGCGCUGCACGUCUGUCAGACAAAUACCGUGUUACCAUGCGUUUAACUAAAUCAAGUAACUUUUAUAGCAGUUGAAACACAAGAGUUUGAGCAACCUGCUACUAUUGACUACAGUAACACAACGCUAACGUCUUUAAAUGACGAUAACGGACAGUAGGUGUAAGAAACCUAAAUGAAGCAGACAAACGUUUCGGCCGCCGCUUUCUUCAGUGUGAUUCUGAAGAAGUCGCUCGCUUGACCGUUUCUCUUUCUUGCAGCUUCAACUCGUUAUUCUGAGCGUUUUGCACGUGUCGGUGACGACAGGAAGCAAAUCGAACGUAGGUGGCUGGCAAACCGUAGACCUCGGGCGAUGUUUUGAGAUGGGUCUGUGUUGUGAAAGGAAUGAUGGUCAAGAGCACUCCGUUCUCGCACCCUGGGUUCAGAAAGGGCAUUUGUUUUGGGUCGGCAGCUCACCCCUCUCACAAUACAGCAAGGUACGGUGCUUCCCUUUUAUAAGGAGGCCCUUUAUACUGUGGAACCGGUUAUACGGUGGUGUGGUCAUGGCUCCCACACUAGUAUUCUCGUUAUAAGGUGGAACACAAAAAACACGGUCUCUUAACUACGGCUCCCGUCUACAGCGUUAUAAAGGGGGAGCACUGUGCCUAGAAAUGCAGAACGACCCCCCUGGGUUUUAGUUUAGGGUGUAGCUCCCAAAAACUUUUCUCUCUACUGCAAGUUUGGGGGAUGCACAGGCCCCCCAAGAAACUGAAAGCCGCCGUGCUGUACUCUCUGUGUGGUGUGGUUUUUUUUAAUUACAUUUUUUUAUAUGCAUUUUAUUUUUUUUCGUCUGGCAGAACUGCAUUCAGCCCGAGGUGUGAUUAUUCUACCUGAUUGUAGCAGGUUUAUUUGUGAUCAUCAGACUUUUUGUGUGAGCCUAUAUUAUUAUCUAUAUGUUUGAAGUCACAGAAACACUUUUAUAUACAGUGUAUAUUUGUACUUUUAUAUAUUUUUUUUGUAAAAAAAACAAAGAAGAAAAUAUAUGAAAAACAAGAGGCAUUUCCCCCCCAACCUUUUUGCUCACUUCCAGCGCUCCAGACUACAUCGCUGUGGACCAAAGCACUUUGAGAAACAGAAAUUUUGUCUUACCAGAAGCAAAUACCAGACGCUUCCAAAUUGUUUCUAUAGAGGGCGCCACCAGUGUGUUGUGUCAUGCUGGACAGCCUGGCCAUGUGUGCUACACACCACAAGGGGGCAGUCUUACUACGUCACACACUGAGAAUGAAAGCACGGGACAGGCUAGGAUUAUACAACACGGCAGAGAUUUUAUAAAAUAUAUUUUUUAGGGACAAA